AUGGCGCCUUCCUCGCGAAGCGGCAACCGAGUCUCCAAGCGGCAGACGCUGCAGAAUUCCACGAAAGUUUCCAGGUCGACGCGGUCCAAGGUUCAACUUGAAGCGGCCGUAAAAGAGGCCCCUCUCGGCGCGGUCGUCGGGCAAAAGAAGGUGGUCAAGAGCACGUCAAAGCGGAAACGCGACCUCGACGAGAGCGACAGCGAGGUCGAUAGUCCUCACGUCGGGGUCACCACAACAAAAAAGACAAAAUUCCAGCUCGCAACACCGCCCGAGUCGGAGCGAGAAGACUCUAUCGAUGUCGACCCGUGCAUUGACUUUUGUCAACUCUCGCUGAAUCCUCGACGUGCCUCGGGACAAGAUGGGAACAACGACCUCCCACCCGUCCUGCGCGACUUUGUCUCCAUGCAUGACGCUUUCCUCCGGUCAUUUUCGCUGCAUCGCGUCCACAACGGCCGAUCCGCCCCGGCAGAUCUCGGCCACCUGUUGACAUCGGUGACCCGAUUAUGGAAGAAACGGACCGUCACCCAGGAGGACAUUCAGCGCAUGCUGGCCAUAUAUGAGCUCGACGCCUCGAGCGACGUCGUCUCGGGGCAACUGCUGCGACACCAAGACAGCCCGUUCCGAUUGAACUUGAACGGCAGCGACGUCGUCCGAUAUAGCGUCGAGUAUGUUCAAGAAACCCACGAAUACGACGAAAAGAGGCUCCAGCAGUCUUACGAGGUCGAGAUUGAGGCCGUGGCGAUCGCUCAGCGCAAGAAUUUGAGCGGCCUGCCGUCCAGAGACGGCCGCUCUUUGCCUCGACUGGAGUUCUCCGUCGGUCAGCAGACCCAGUCGCGCAAGGCGAAAGCUUCUGCGGCCCGGAGGGAGAUCCUUGGGCUCUCGACGCAGGCUCAAAAUCGACCGGGCGCCCAAUUCUCGUCUCAGACAAGCUCGUCCAGCAGUCACCACGACUUGCAGACACCCCAAGUGGUCAAAGACCGGACCCUGUCACUGUUGGAUCGCGUCCGAGCCAAAGCGCUCGCCAGUUCGUCGGCCGCCGCUCCGAGUCCGGAAGUCAUUCUGCGCCGUCGCGCCGUGGGAAGGAUCGGCGAGGUGGUGGACAUUCUCCGACUGAAACAACAACAGAAGCUGGGGUCCAGCUUCGACUCUUCGGUGCAUUCGAGUCCCGGCAAAGUCCGUGGCAAGGUUUCGUUCAGCCUCAAGCAACUCGUCAGUGACAUCAAGGGGAGCUUGUCGAUACCCAUGGCCGACUCGGAGGUUCGAAAAUGCUUUGAAGUUCUGGCUCAAGAAUUGCCGGGGAUGUGGUUGUCCAUCCAUACCGUGGGCAUACUUCAAAGUAUUGUGUUGAACGGGCCUGGUCCUAGUGGCGCCGAGGUCAAGAGAAUUUUGGAAGAGAAGGAGCAGCAUUGA